CAUAAAAUCAGACGUACACUUGCAUGCAACUACACUUGCCAAGCACCACUUCAGUUUCAUACUCCCAUCAGUACUUCACGCACAACAACAACUUGCUUCAAAGAUGCCUGCCUACAAAGUGAUAUAUUUCGACGCUCGCGGCCGGGCUGAGCCUACCCGUAUGAUGUUAGCUCAUGCCGGCCAGGAGUUUGAGGAUGUUCGCUACACAUCGGAGGAAUGGGCAAAGAACAAAGCUACAACUCCAAUGCAGCAGUUGCCAUUAUUGAUGGUAGAUAGCAGACCGAUUCCACAAGGCAGAGCUAUGCAUGGAUUUGUCGCCAGAGAGUACGGACUGAAUGGAGCCAAUAAUGAAGAAACUACCAAGAUUGAUAUCAUUAUUGCAACAUUAGAGGACAUUUUUGACCCACUUGGAAGGAUCCUUUUCUACGAGAAAGAUGAAGAAAAGAAGAAAAAAGACCUGGAGGCAUUCUACAAUGAGAAGUCUCUCAAAUUUCUGGAUGCUUUGGAAAAGUUCUUGGUGUUCAACAAGGGCGGUGAUGGUUUCUUUAUCGGGGAUAAGAUAACUCGUGCAGACAUUGUAUUUUACUGCGGUGCAGAAGCCUACGGCAGAGAUGAUGUUCUUCAGAAGUACCCCAAACUGUUCGCUCUCAAGGGACGUGUUGCCCAGGACAAGAAAAUUGCAGCUUACUUGGAAAAGCGCCCAGUAACUUCGUUUUAAACUAACACAAAUAACUUGACAAAGAAGCUGUAAGUUUAGUAGUUUUAAACAGCUUGUUUGGGAUAGUAUUAAUUUUACUGUCCUAUGUAGAGAAGUCAGGGGACUUGUUUUGACUACAAUGAGCAUUGUUAAAUGUACAGUCUAACCUCGUUAGAAGGGCCACUCUCAAAAAAAAGUUCUGCCUCAAAACGAGUACAUUCUGAAGCCCUUCGGAUCUCAUUUCUACUUUGUGUUUCUUUGUUUGCUGUCCUCUUAUAACAAUAAUAAUCGUUAUAAAGAGAUAAUUUGGCCAGUCUAAGCGAUCUCUGGUUAUAACAAGAGUGGACUGUACAUGGGCAAUGUUUUUACAAGGGGAAGGGUGUGGGGGUGCCAUGAUGGUAAUGGCUGUUGAAUGCACCCAGCACCUUAACAACUUUUUAAAGGUUCUACACACAAAGGUCUUGUAGUUCAUCAACUAUCUGACUCGGUUUCAGUGUGGGACUGUUUUUCGAUAAUGGUGACAACUGACCAAUUUGGUAUGGUGCACACGAGGACUCUGAAGGGGAUUCGAACUGAAGCUAAAAGUUAAUGUUAGAAUGUUGUAACAUGCAACUAUAAACAGCAUCUGUAUUUGAAAUAUGAGUUUUGUAUAUUAAUGGCUAUGUUACACUAGUAGACUAUGUGAAACUAUAGUUGCGUAUGUUUAUAGUAUCCAUGCAUAUAUUUUUGUUUUUCUUCAAAAUAAAACACCGCAGUAACACCGCAUACAGGUUAAUUCACCAUGUACGAUUCCACAACAACUUCAUCCCUGAGGAAAAAUACCCAGCAACUUUGUUUUAUUCACAUAGCCUCACAUUGGUGUAUCUUAUCUUGUUAACUGAAAAGUAAAAGUGAGUCAAACAAAAAUUCUGUACCAAUCCUUCUUUGAAGUUAAACUACUGAAAAACAAGUUUUAAAUAAAUACGGGAGUUUUGUUUUCAACGCCGUAUAGGUCCAGUACUAUUAAAUAAGUUAAAUCCUAAAAGGCAUCACGGCUGAGAAAUUCAUUGCGAGUUAUUAUUGCUUAGCCAAGAUUGUGUUCACCACUUUCUCGUGUCAAUGGAGGGCAUACCAGUGUAGUUAAAAAAAACAGAGCAUUGAGAGAGUUUCUCAACUUGUGAUUUAGAAGCCACUUUUUUGUCCCAGGCUACCAGACUGUACAUUGGCUCGUGAUGCAUUUGGACUGGAAAUGGCGGCCACCACCCACGUGACUAAAGAAAAGUGGUCCCUCCAUGUUAUUACUCUCUCAAUACACUGCUCUGAGAGAAAACAAAAAAAAUGUUUAAAAUAGUUCAUUUCAUUUCAUUUAUUAAUUUCACAGGUCAAAAUUCAAGCACAGACAACAAGAACAGUAAAGAGAUAGGAGAGAGAGUUAAAAAUGAUAAUAACAUAGUUAGUCAUAAAACAAGGCAAAACAAGCAUAUGAAAUAAAUAACUUUAUUUUUGCAAACUCAA